UGCCAGGUUUUGGAGCUCGCUGACGCUGCGGAAAUCCCAGUGCUCGCUAUCGCCACAGUUAAUCACUGGCUGCAGUGCUCGCUGGAGCUGUUUGGCCACCGAGUGACUGACUGUCCGGUUAGUGAGGACGUAAACUGAGCUCUUGACCCGAUGACGAUGCUCUGGCUUCAGACCGUUUGGGUUGACCUGAAAGCAGUCCCAGUCCUGGUGCUGGUGUGCUGCGUCUCGCUGACCAUGGCCCUGACGAGCUUUAUGAAGAGCACCAGGUACAAGCGGGUGAUACCGGAGGCAAGAACCAAGAGGAUCAAGGGCCUGGAGGAGAUGAGGAGAGCUGUAGAGCAGCACAAAGUGAUGGGCAAUAGUGGAGUUGAUGAAUCUAUUCUGCAUCUCACACUUCGGGAGCUCUGUAAACAGCUGAAGGAAGGCUCUUUAACACCAGCAUCUGUGCUGUAUUCUUACAUGGAGAAAGCUUUAGAAGUCACAAAAGAACUGAACUGCAUCACUGACUAUCUUUCUGAAAGUCAAGCACAAGUUAAAGAACUUGGUGAAAGUGGCAUAAGGGGAAUGCUGUACGGGAUCCCAAUCAGUAUCAAGGAUAACCUUUUUUACAAGGGCCAUGACUCAACUUGUGGACUUUCUAGAUUCAUAAAUAAACCUGAGGAAGAAGACAGCAUUAUAGUCCAAGUGUUGAAGAAACAAGGAGCAAUCCCUUUUGUGAAAACCAAUGUCCCACAGUCCCUGCUAAGCUACGAGUGCAGCAAUCCCAUAUUUGGGUCAACUGCCAACCCGUACAACGGCAAUCGGACAUCCGGCGGGUCAUCUGGUGGAGAGGGAGCUUUGAUUGCAGGCGGUGGCUCCAUCCUUGGCUUCGGGUCUGACAUUGGUGGCAGCAUCCGCUUCCCAGCUUCAUUUUGUGGUAUCUGUGGCUUCAAACCCACUGCCAAUCGGUUAAGCAAAAAAGGAAUAAAGGCAAGUGUAGCCGGACAGAAAACUCUUGAGGUGAUGAUUGGUCCAAUGGCCAGAGAUGUGGACAGUUUGGCUUUGUGCAUGAAAGCUCUGCUGUGUGAAGACAUGUUCCGUCUGGAUCCCACGGUGCCACCCAUUCCCUUUAAAGAUGAGAUUUACUCCAACACCAAAAUGCUGAGGAUAGGAUAUUUUGAGAGCGAUGGAUAUUGGAUCCCUAAUCCCAGCAUGCGACGUGCCAUCAGGGAAACCAAACAGUUGCUGGAAGAAGCCGGGCACACGUUAAUACCCUUCACACCACCCAAAACCUACUUUGCUAUGAACACAAUAAUUAUUCCGGGUAUCCUAGCUGAUGGAGGUGCUUCACUCCUGAAAAGAAUGGAUGGAGACAUCAUUGAUCCUAAUAUGAAGCAACAGUUUUUUAUGUGCAAGAUACCGACAAUAAUAAAGAAGAUCUUGUCAUUUCUAUUGAAACCAUUCAGUCCUCGAAUUGCUGAUUUUUUGAAGGCGACAAGUGGAGUAAGCUCGGUGACUUUACUUUGGGAGUAUCACAAUGCUGCAGAGGUUUACAGUGACGAGUACAUGAACCAAUGGAAAAAGCAGGACCUCGAUGUUCUGCUCUGUCCGUCACUAGGCCCUGCCUUUAAAUUUGGAUAUGCUGGAAAACUAAUUGCUGCAGCUAGCGGCAUGAGCAUUUUCAACUUAUUAAAUUAUCCAGCUGGUAUAGUGCCGGUCAGCAAGGUAUCAGAGCAGGAUGAAGAAGAGCUGAAGCACUACACUGGUUACAACAACGAUUUCUGGGACAGAACCUUCAAAAAGGCUGUGAUGGGAGGGGUUGGCCUUCCUUUAGCCGUGCAGUGUGUGGCCUUACCCUGGCAGGAUGAACUCUGCCUCUACUUCAUGAGGGAGGUGGAAAGACUUGUCUGUGCGAAGAAAGGAAUUUAGUUGCACCUGCGAACAGAGGGAUGAUUUUAACCCUGAUGUCCACUAAUCAUCAAGGUGUUUGGUUUCUUCAAGAGGAAGCCUUAUGAUAAAUAAUGACCAUCACAAUAUAAAUGAGUUGAAUUAGCACAUAGACGCUGAAUUAAUAAUAAUAAUGAAAUCCUUGGAUUUGA